AUGGCAGAGAGAAAUCUCUUGGCGGAUGCAUCGAGAAUCCUCGACAAAGCGAGUAACUCAAAGAUCAAGGGAAAUUGCACAGCGAUGUUGGCCGCCCGACUUCGAUCGCUCGGCUACGAUGCGGCCAUUUGCAAGUCCCAAUGGGAUAAAAAUCCUUCUUUUCCGGCGGGGGAGCACGAGUACGUCGACGCGGUGGUCGGCACCGACCGCCUCCUGGUGGACGCGGGCUUCCGGUCGGAGUUCGAGGUGGCGCGGCCCAGCAAGAUGUACCGCGCCAUCAUCCAGCUGCUGCCGCAAGCAUUCGUCAGCCAGCCCCACCGACUCCAGCAGAUCGUGGUCGUCGCCUCGGAGGCAGCCUGGCACAGCCUGAAGAAGAACGGCCUCCACGUGCCACCGUGGAGGCGGCACGAGUACAUGAGGACCAAGUGGUUCUCCGCUUACCAUCGUGCCGUGGAAGAAGCUGAAGCCAAGGACAACUCCGCCCGAGGAAGCAACAACGACGGCAAUAGAGGUGGUGGGCUCGCCGUGGACGACAGUGCCAGCGAGGCCAAAACUGGGGGAUAA